CGGAUGCUGGUAGGCCGUCGGCAAGGAUACAGUGGUAUCUGUCUGGUACCGACAUUACUGAUGAAGCAACUGCUCAGACUGGGAUAUGUAGUUCUGGAUGUGACACAGUAAUAUCGUCAAGUGUUCUAUUAUACGUUGGUGAUAUUACUGACAAUGGAAAGAUAAUUUACUGCACAGCUGUAAAUGUAGAGGGACAAAGUUUAAACUCAUCAAUGAAAAGUAUUGAUAUUUUGUACAAACCUCUGAUUGCACAAAUUCCUGAUAUUAACAUAACAGAAGGAAACACCCUAGCAAUAACCUGUAAUGUUGUAAGUAAUCCAGACCCAACAUUAAUAUGGUGGACUCGCCAGAAUGAACCCGGCUUCAUAUUUAACAAUACAAAUCUAACGAUAAGCAACAUUCACAGAAAUGUCAGCGAUAGUUAUACGUGUCAUGCAAUGAACAUUUUAACACCAUCAGGAAUGUCACAACAGAUAAGAACUUCACAAAAUAUGUUUGAAGUUAAUGUACAGUAUGAACCUCUGAUUGCACCAAUUCCUGAUUAUAACAUAACAGAAGGAAACACCUUAACACUAACCUGUAAUGUUGUCGGUAAUCCUAACCCAACAUUGAUAUGGUGGACUCGGCAGAAUGAGACCGGCUUUAGAUUUAACUAUAGAAAUCUUAAGAUUAGCAACAUUCACAGGAAUGACAGCGAUACUUAUACUUGUCAUGCAAUGAACAUUUUAUCACCAUCAGGACUGUCAUCGCAGAGAAGAACUUCACAGAAGAUGUUUGAUGUCAAUGUACAAUACCGGCCUUCAGUGCACAUAGAACCAAGCUACAACCCAUACAUUUUGUACGAAGGACAACAAAACAUCGAGUUAUCAUGUGUAAUAGAUGAUGCGAACCCUGCAGUUGAUAUUACGUAUAACUGGACUGAUUUAAGCGCUCCCAUAAGUGGUAAAUUUCUUAAUAUAACAACUGUCUUAAGGAGUGUUAGCGGACAGUAUUCAUGUUCUGCCAUGAAUUUGAUUGGGACCUCUGAUAUUAUUAGGAAACAACUAGAUGUACAAUACCAGCCAGAAAUCUCAGACAUCGAAGAUUAUAACAUUACAGAAGGAAAUAAGCUGAUAAUAUUUCCUAUAAUUGAUGCUAAUCCACAACCUAUAUUGUUUUGGUGGAGUCGUCAAAAUGAACCCGAAGUCGGAUAUAAUAGUACAUAUCUUAAAAUCAGCAAUAUACAGAGAAAAUCCGGUGGUUACCACACCUUUCUUGUACGGAACAUAUUGACACCAUCAGGAAUGCCGUCACAGGAAAGGACUUCAAAGAAAAUGUUUCAUGUGAAUGUACAGUACCAGCCAGUUAUCUCAGAGAUCCAAGAUCAUAACGUUACAGAAGGAAAUGAUCUCAAAAUAUAUCCUGUUAUUGAUGCUAAUCCACAACCUUCAUUGUUAUGGUGGACUAGUCAAAAUGAACCUGACUUCAUAUAUUACGGCAGCAAUCUUACAAUCACAAAUAUACAAAGAAACUCAAGCGGAAACUAUACCUGUCAUGUAAUGAACAUUUUAACACCCUCAGGAAUGUCACCACAGAAUAGAACUUCAAAGAAAAUGUUAUAUGUAAAUGUACAGUACCAGUCAAUAAUCGCCGAGAUCAACGAUAUUGAUAUAACAGAAGGAAGUAGUCUCGCAAUAUAUCCUGUAAUUAAUGCAAAUCCACAAUUUACGUCUGUAUGGUGGAGUCGCCAAAGUGAACCCGACUUUAGAUAUUAUAACACAAAUUUUACAAUCAGCAACAUACAGAGGAAAUCCAGUGGUAGCUACAUCUUUAAUGCAAUGAACAUAUUAACACCAUCAGGAAUGCCUCCACAGAAAAGAACUUCACAGAAAAUGUGUUAUGUCAAUGUACAAUAUAAGCCUGUUCUUUCUGGUUCUCCUGAUUAUACCAUUGAAGAAGGAAGCACACUUACACUCUCGCCAACAAUAGAUGCUAACCCAUCUCCUACAAGUAUAUGGUGGACCCGUGAGAAUGAUACUAGCUUCAUUUAUAAUGAAAUAUCUCUGAUUAUUAAGAAUAUACAACAAAUCGACAGUGGUAGUUACAUUGUCCAUGUAAUGAACACUUUAACACCAUCAGGACUGCCUGAAACAAAUAUGACUUCGCAAAAAGUUUACAAUAUUAAUGUAAUGUUGUUAACUGGACCCAUUUCGCAAGAUACAUCUGAUACAUCUGAUAAUUAUGUUAUAACUGGUGCUGGGGUCGGAGCAGGUGUUAUUUUCAUCUUUGUAGUUGUUAUCGGAGUUGUUAUUUUCAUAUUAAGAAAGCGUCAAAUAAACAGAAGAAACGAAAACAGCAACAAAAGUGUAUAUGAAUCAACACCAAAAGGACAGGGAAAAUUACCAAACAGAGAAAUGCAUCUGUAUAAUGAUUUGGGAAAUGUCGAAGCAGGCGAGUGGUCUAUUUAUUUAGAAUAUCUUUACAUCUUCGUAUAAAUAUAUUUUUAUUGAUACAAAAUAUUUCCCCAUCUCUAUUGGUUCAAUACUCAUCAAAGAUACCAGGCUUAUAAUUUAUUACGCCAGACGCGCGUUUCGUUUACACACAAUGGCGCUCGAAUCAAAACAGUUGGAAGGGUAAGUACUAAAUAACCUUGACAUUGUCACCAUAACAAUUGGUAUUUUAGUAAUAGCUAUAACAGUUAAAACGGUAGUUGUAAAAAAAAUUAAAAUACGAUACAAUAAAGUUACAGCGUUCAAAGUGCUACUUUAAAGUUUGUAAAAGCGCUUAAACAGAAGAGUUAAAAAAGUAUAUAAUUGCAUUUGUAAAAUGAACA